UAAUUUUUUUUAUAAAUACGUUUAAAAAAGCUAAAAUGUAUUUCGAUAUUGAAGAUAAUCAAUUGCCAAUAAUUUAUCGAAAAGAAUAUAAUGUACAUUUUUGUGGUAUGGAAAAGUUGCAUCCGUUUGAUGCAAGAAAAUGGGGACAUGUUUUUAAGUUGUUAAAAUUAAGUGAAUUUGUUGAUGAAAAUACCGUAACAAAGCCAAAUGAAGCAACUACAGAAUAUUUAUUAUUGGUUCAUUCGAAAAAAUAUAUCAAUAGUUUAAAAUGUAGUUUUAAUGUUGCCAAAAUAGCUGAGAUUCCACCAUUGAUGUUAGUACCUAAUUUUUUUGUACAACAUGGAUAUUUGAAACCAAUGCGUUAUCAAACUGGUGGAUCCAUAUUGGCUGGUAAAUUGGCAUUGGAUAAAGGAUGGGCAAUUAAUUUAGGUGGUGGAUUUCAUCAUUGCUCAUCUGACAAAGGUCAAGGUUUUUGUCCCUAUGCUGAUAUAUCAUUACUUGUUAAAUAUUUAUUUGAAUAUAAAUCUGAUGUUGUAAAAAAAGUAAUGAUUGUGGAUUUAGAUGCCCAUCAGGGUAAUGGGCAUGAACGUGAUUUUAUGAAAAAUAAAAAAGUGUUCAUAUUAGAUAUUUAUAAUAAAGAUAUUUAUCCACAUGAUUAUGAGGCUGCUGCUGGAAUAAGCUGUCGAAUUCCUUUGUAUAGUUUUACUGAAGAUGAAGAAUAUUUAACUAAAGUUCAAUUCCAUUUGGAUAAAUCAUUAAAAUUAUUUAAACCUGAUUUAGUCGUGUACAAUGCUGGAACUGAUAUUUUGAAAGGAGAUCGUUUAGGUCUUUUAUCAAUUUCAUCAGAGGGUAUUAUUCGAAGGGAUGAACUCGUUUUUAAGUUAGUUAGAUCCGCACAUAUUCCAAUUGCAAUGUUAACCAGUGGUGGUUAUUUAAAACACACAGCUACAAUUAUUGCAACAUCAAUAUUAAAUUUAUAUGAUAAAAAUUUAAUAAAUAAGCCAAUAUGUCGUGUUUAA